AUGUCCGACGUGUCCGCGGCCUUCGACAGGGUCUUCGUCGACAGGCUGGUCAGGAAGUUGGCUGCGAGAGGGGCGCCGACGGAGGUUUUGCAGCUGUUCAGAUCGUGGCUCGGCUCGUCGUUCAGCGCCGCAGAAUUCCAGGGGGCGCUUCAAGGUGUCAUCACUGACGCUGCGCAAGCAGGCGCUGACGACUGGGAGAAGGUCUUCAGCCCGCGCGUGCCUUGGCACAGGCACCCGCUGAGGCGAUACGGAGUUCCCAUGGGCGGCCUCCCCGUGGGCGGCCUCCCCGUGGGCGGCCUCCUCGGCAGGCCCCCGCGCAGGGGCUGCGAGUGGUGCUGGGUGCUGCUGGUGGCCGCGUGCUUCCUGGUGCUCACGUACAGACCCCGCCGUCUGGGGUGGGACGCGGCGCCCGCGAGGACGUGCUGCGGGAGAGCCCCACGUACGUGA